UUUGUUGUAGAUAAUGUUGUAUUAUUAUUUGAUUUGUCUAUAAUUUUGUUUAUCCUUUUGUCGUUGAUAAACCCCUAAAAAUAUUCGUGAAAAUCCGCUAUUGACCAUCAAGCCUGAGAUUCUAUCUUUCUUUGAAAAAUAAAGGAAUCCCAAACUUGAUCUCCGAUCGGAAAAAGACACUAAAUUGCCGCUGAAGUCUCUCAAAUUCCGACGACCCAUUUCUCCAUCUUCCUUGAUCUCAUCUGGGUCGGUGAAGAUUCCGAGGUCCGUGUUGGUGAAUGAAGAAUGAGGAAUCGACAUAGCAAUGGGAACCUUCGGAAGCUGGAAGCCGAUGGAGGAGAAUCAACGGAGGAGGAAUCGUGCCAGAACGGCUUCGGAGAUGGCGUCAUCUUGGGCCUCGACGGUGGCGCCACAUCGACGGUGUGCGUGUGCGUGCCAUUUUUCCCUUACGGCGAUCGUUUCCCGGAGCCUCUUCCGAUCCUCGGUCGAUCCGUCGCUGGUUGCACCAAUCGCAACAGCGUAGGAGAGACUGCAGCGAGGGAUUCACUAGAGCAAGUUAUUUCAGAGGCACUUGUACAAUCGGGUUCAGAUAAAUCAGAUGUUCGUGGUGUAUGCUUAGGUGUUUCAGGUGUGAAUCAUCCCUCAGACCAGGAAAAGAUAGAAAAUUGGAUAAGGGAGAUGUUCCCUGGUCAUGUCAAGGUAUAUGUUCAGAAUGAUGCUAUAGUGGCUUUAGCUAGUGGAACCAUGGGGAAGCUCCAUGGAUGUGUUCUAAUUGCCGGUACAGGAUGUAUAGCCUAUGGCUUUGAUGAAGAUGGCAGGGAGGCUAGGGCAUCUGGUGCUGGACCAAUCUUAGGUGAUUGGGGAAGUGGCUAUGGAAUUGCUGCACAGGCCUUAACGGCGGUGAUUAGAGCUCACGAUGGUCGUGGCCAACAAACUAUGCUUACAAGUACCAUCUUAAAAGCACUUGGACUUUCCUCUGCAGAUGAACUCAUCGGGUGGACUUACGCCGAUCCAUCUUGGGCACGUAUAGCUGCUCUUGUUCCUCAAGUUGUAUCAUGUGCAGAAGCUGGUGAUGAAAUUUCAGAUAAGAUCCUGGUAGAUGCAGCUGAGGAUCUAGCUCUAAGCGUGAAAGCUGUUGUACAGAGACUUGGUUUAUGUGGCGAAGAUGGGACAGCUUCUUUCCCGGUUGUAAUGGUAGAGCCAGCUAUUGGGGCAGCAUUGUUGGCCAUGAACUUCUUAACAAGUUAAAACGGGUCAUAUAUAGCUUUAUUUUGUCAAACACGAUGUUUCUUGAAUCUUUGAAGCAUACCAUAGUGAUAUAUUUUUCUCUUAUGGUACAUUUGUACAAUUAUACAUAAAAAUCUCAUUGUAAACGCUCAAUUCUUGUUAUUUGAUGAUCUUCUUUGGUUACUAAACAUACCUACUCAACAAGAAGACUCAUCUAAAACAUUGGCAAGGGACGUGAAUUUAGACAACAGAAAUGCAAUGAAACUUUGUGUGUGAAGGAGAUGUGUCUGAUUCAAAUGAAGACUUGGUCGGAAGACUCAUAAUCUAUCUCUUGGAGUUUCUUCUUAAUUCUCUCCGGACGAGCUUCAAGAUCUCGAUAAUCUGCGAGAGAUGUAAAUAGAAAAGUUUGUUUAAAUCAUAUUGUACAACGCAAGCUUCAUAUAAACACGAGUAUAAGAGAGAUUUGCUUACGCCAGGGUAAUGCUUUAGAAUUUGUGAGUAAUGAUCAAGAGCUAUGUAUAUUUUCUCAAGAAUGUCCAAGUGAGAAUCGAUUUGAUCGCCAAGGAGAUCAACCUAUGAUUCAAGCAGAUAACAAAAGACGAUCAUGCUACAAAGAAUAUCGCGAUCGAUAAAAAGGCUCAGCAUCAUAAUCAAAA